UGUCAUGUUAAAAAUUAACAUAGUAAUAUCAACCAAAUCCGAUACAUUGGACGGACAGCAUAUUUCUAAUUAUAGUUAAUUUUCUCCUCCUUCCUAUGUAUAAAUAAAACACCUGCCUAUUUUCCAUAAUCGCACAUCCCAAGUUAAAAAAUUGCAGUUCAUAAGGAAAGAAAAUGAAAGGUUGUCAGUUGGUCUCAAUAUCUUUUUUUGUUCUACUUUUUUCAGUAGCUGCUAGACCCACCGAUAAUGAUUGUGUUUACACGUUGUACGUGAAGACGGGUUGCAUGAUGAAAGCAGGGACGGACUCGAGGAUCAGUGUAGUUCUGGGCGAUCCGUUCGGGCGGUCAGUUUGGAUUCCAGAACUCCGUUCGUGGGGUUUAAUGCCAUACGCCCACGACUACUUCGAGCGUGGCAACCUUGAUGUCUUCAGUGGGCGAGGCAGCUGCAUCGGCUCUCCCUGCCGCCUCAACUUGACCUCCGAUGGCUCGGGGUGGCACCAUGGCUGGUACUGCGACUACAUCGAGGUCACGUCCACCGGACCUCAACAACCAUGCGCCCAGACCGUGUUCUAUGUUGAUCAGUGGUUGGCCACUGAUAUUCCCCCUUUCCAGUUAACGGCGUUUCGUGAUGGGUGCUAUAUGCGGGAUGAGCCUCGCAAGCAUGGCAGGAAUGUGCCUCUCAUUGUUGGGAAUCCCGAAAGACCUGCUUGAUGGGUGCCUUUUGGGUUCAAAAUAGUUGCUAAUAAUGUGGCAGAGAUGGCACUGAGAGGUUUAAUUUGGUCCGGUUGUUUCGGAGAUCUUUGCAUUUUUGGAUCUCUAGUAGAUAUGCUUUUCCUUCUUAGUUCUUUAAUCAAUUUAAGAUAGAUAAAUGAGUUUUGGAUAGUUACAUUUGGUUUUUUUUUUUAUCUCAUUAUACAAAAUUUCUUUAAAAAUCCCAACAUGUCAAAAUUUUAGUUUAUUUUCAUUUU